AUGUCUUUACAUACUUUUAGGGCCUUUAUCCUAACAACUAUUGCCCCUGUUGCUAGGCCUGAAUCUAUUAGGCUAUUGCUAAUUGUGGCUUGCAUUGUUGGGUUUCAAUUAAGAGGUGGAGUUGAUAAAACAUUUCUCAUUAAAAAUGUUGAUUAUGACAUUGUUAUUGCUCAAAUUUAUGUCGAUGAUAUUGUUUUUGGUUCCAUUUCUAACUUUCAAGUGCAUGAAUUUGUCAAGAAAAUGAAAGCUGAGUUUGAGAUGAGCACGGUAGGGGAGUUAAACUACUUCCUAGGAUUGCAGGUCAAACAAUCAAAAGAUGGAACCUUCAUCUCUCAAAGUAAGUAUGCCAAAAAUUUGGUCGAUAAAUUUGGUAUGGAGUCUACUAAACAUUCCAAAACACCAAUGGAGACCACAGCCAAACUGACUAAGGAUGAAAAUAGUGUAAAGGUAGAUCCAACACUAUACAGAAGCAUGAUUGGAAGUCUUUUGUAUCUCACGACUAGUCGAAUAGACAUUAGGUACAAUGUUGGGGUGUGUGCUCGGUAUCAAGGGAAUCUUAUGGAAUCCCAUGUGACAGUUGUGAAGAGAAUCAUUCGCUAUGUUAAUGGUACUCUUGAAUGUGGAAUGUGGUAUUCUAAAGAAACUAAUUUUAACCUUGUUUGUUUUAGUGAUGCUGAUUGGGCAAUCAAUGUAGACGACAAAAAAGUACAAGUGGUGGAUACUUCUAUCUAG